AUGUCAUCUGUAACAGCACCUUCACAGGUAUUAGCGUCAUCAGCUUUACCUCCUCUAUCACCACCACAUAAUAAUAACAGUACUAGUACACCUAUCAUCAAUAGCACUCCUAGUAGUAGCAGUAGUAAUAAUAAUAAUGGAUAUGAAUUCAAGGUUAUAUUUUCAAAGCCAGAUGUAUCGAUUUAUCCAGCUGAAGUUGAUAGUAAAGGUAUAGAGGGUGUUAUUACACUGUACUAUAGUUAUGAUACACCUUCAUCGAUGAUGUUGAGUUCAUCAUCUGCAUCAUCAUUUUCAUCUUCUUCUCUGUUGUCACAAAGCAUUGGAAUGCAACCAUGUUCACCUGGUGAUAAAAGUUUGAUUCUCUCAUGGACUCCUAAUAAACAAUCAACAAACUUUGAAACUAGUAGUAGUUUGGAUAAUAUGUUACCUUCAUCUACAUCUAAUAUCAAAGAUCCUUCUUCUUCUUCUUCAUCUUCAUCAUCCUCAUCUUCUUCUUCUUCAUCCUCUAAUCCUUUAAAAAGAUCGCAACCAAUAUCAAUCAAUAAGAAUGGUCUUUCAAAUAGUAAUGAUGGUGGUGGUUCGAGUAAUCCAUACCAACAAUUGAAAAUCAAUGUACGUGAAGUACACUCAAUCAAAAAGUAUACACCUACUAUUGGAACACCCUAUGUCAUUGUAUUGAGCAAGAAUGGAACUGCAUUCCCACCAUUCUUUUUUGAGAAUGGAGGUGUUAGAGAGUUCUUAAAAUCUCUAGUCUCUGUAUCAAAUCUUAGAAAAUCAAACUAUGAUACCAAUUUGUAUAUUAAUGAUGAUGGAGUAGUAUCUACAAUUUAUAGUAAUAGUCUUAAAAAGAAUGAAAUACCAAUAUCGACGAAAAGAAUUGAAGGUCAUUUACACAGUACAACACUUCAUGAUCCAAACCAUGAUACCAUUACAGUUACAUCUAGUAUUAAUGCAAGUGGAGCAAUGCGUCCAACAUCACCAUUACCAUCACCGUCGGCAACACCAAAAGGUGGAUCAUUUCUCAAUAUUGCACACUCACCAUCUACCAAUCCUGGCCUUUCAUUGUCUCCAAAAACACCUCUAUCUCUGUCAACAAUGAUCGAACGUGAUGAUGCCAUAUCUCCAACCGCCCAACUAUCCACAUCUCCAUCAAGUGGUAUCAUUCAUCAUCAUCAAUCAUCAUCAGAUAGUCAUCAUAAUCAUUCUCAUCACAAGGAUAGAGAUCACAAACAAAAACGUUUAACCAAAGAAAUGUCAUCAAAUAAUAUUCUCUUGGAAGGGUUUGCAAAGGUUUCCAAUUUUGCAAAAAAUGCUAGAUCAAAUAUAUUUGAAGAACCAGCAAAGAAAAUUGAUAAUACAUUUAGAUCAUUAACACAAUCCUUGGGAUCAAGAAAAACAUCACCUCAACAUAGUAAUAAUGAAAGUUUAAAUUCAUCAUUAAAUUCAUCUACCGAUUAUUUUACACCAUUUAACUUGUCAGCAUCUGGGUUUAUUGAAGAUUUGUCAGUUAAUAGAAAGGAAUGUAAUCCAUUGUCGGCCAAUGAAUGGUAUAGCUAUUUUGACGAGGAAGGAAGAAUUAGUAUGUCCAAUCAACAGAUUCUAAGGAAAAAGAUAUUUUAUGGAGGUAUUCAAGAAUCGAUCAGGCCAGAGGUAUGGCCAUUCCUAUUGGAUUGUUAUCCAUUUGAUUCUACUCAUUCGGCACGUGAAGCUAUUAAAUACGAACGAACACGUGAAUAUAUGGCAAUCAAGAAACAAUGGCAAUCCAUAUCACCAGAACAAGAAAAAAGAUUCUCUAAAUUCCGUUCUAGAAGACAUUUGAUUGAAAAGGAUGUCAUUCGUACCGACAGACUAAACCCACUCUUUUUAGGCGACGACAAUCCCAAUCUACAAACCAUCCAAGAUAUUCUUCUCACCUAUUCAUUCUUUAAUUUUGAUAUUGGUUAUGUUCAAGGUAUGAGCGAUCUAUUGACCAUCAUCUUUUCAGUCAUUCAAAAGGAAGUAGAUACAUUUUGGUGUUUUGUUGGAUUAAUGGAUCGUCUUGAAAGUAAUUUCCAUAAAGAUCAAAAUGGAAUGCAUUCUCAAUUGGUAACAUUAUCAAAAUUAUUAAAAUAUAUGGAUCCUGAUUUAUAUAGUCAUUUUGAAUUAAUUGAUGGAACUAAUAUGUAUUGUUUCUUCCAAUCAAUUUUAAUUUGUUUUAAAAGAGAAUUUUUGUUUGAUGAUGUAAAAAGUUUAUGGGAGAUAUUAUGGAGUAAUUAUUUAACUAAAAAUUUACCAAUAUUUAUGUGUAUGGCAAUAUUGUUAAAGGAUAGAUCGACGAUUGUGGAGGAUAAUUUGGCACUUGACCAAAUCAUUAAAUUUGUUCACAUGAAGGCCGGAAAGAUGGAUUUGGAUGAAAUAUUAGUAUUUUGCGAAUCGGUUGUUACCUAUUUCGUUGCAAAGGUGUCUGGGGGAUCCACAGAGAAUGUUCAAUACCUCGACCAAUCACUUCGAACUCUAUGUGAAAAAUGUGAAAUGGAAUCAAUCUUAACUCAACAGGGGUGGGGAUGUAAUAUAAUAUCGCCAACCCAACAACAGCAACAACAACAAGGAGUAGGGACAAGAAAAAGAAUGAUGAUAAUUAAGUGUGAUUGCAUUGUUGCCAGGGAUGGAAAGACACGCGCAUCAUAA